AUGCCAAACGCUAACGGUUCCAUUGGUUGGGAAGAUCCCUGGAAGAUAGGGAUUCCUCCUUGGCCGUUGCUCACGUCUUCAACAAGAUCCCUAUUCUUCGGUCAAAGCUUGGACCUUUUCCCAUCUUAUGACGGCGUGGCCCCUGUUGGGCUUCUGGGCUUGGAACUUGACCUAUCUUCUCUUGUCGCCAGAGCUCUGUCGCUGAUAUGGAGAGCAUGGUGCUUAACUGUGCAUUCAAUUAGCCAGGAUUGCGGGGCCAUUGCCCUAAAUUAUGAGACUGGUUUGUCAUUUUUGAAGGCGAGUACUAAUGGUCUGUUUAUUGCUUGUUUUGUUUCUUUAGCUCUGUUAGUGGGGUUGCCAAGAUAUGGAGUAUAUGUUGCAUUUUCUCCUGUAAGUGACAAUGUAGCAACUGCCUCAGCUGAUCGUACUGCAAAGUUGUGGAACACAGAUGGCACUUUAGUGAGAACAUUUGAAGGUCAUUUAGACCGCCUAGCUCGUAUUGCCUUCCAUCCAUCUGGGAAGUACUUGGGCACUACAAGUUUUGACAAAACUUGGCGUUUGUGGGAUAUCGAAAGUGGUGCUGAGUUGCUUCUUCAAGAAGGCCAUAGCAGGAGUGUUUAUGCCAUAUCUUUCCAUCCGGAUGGAUCAUUGUUAGCAUCAUGUGGACUGGAUUCUCUUACACGUGUCUGGGAUCUUCGAACAGGGAGAAGUAUUCUUGCUUUGGAAGGCCACAUCAAACCUGUUUAUGGAGUUGAUUUCUCUCCUAAUGGCUAUCAUUUGGCCACUGGUUCUGAGGAUAACACUUGUCGGAUUUGGGACUUGAGAAAGAAAAAGUCAUUGUACAUAAUUCCUGCCCAUUCAAAGCUUAUUUCACAGGUCAAAUUUGAGCCUCAGGAGGGAUAUUAUUUGGUCACUGCUUCAUAUGAUACAACUGUUAAGGUAUGGUCAUCUCGAGACUUCAAGCUUAUCAGGACAUUGUCAGGACAUGAAGCAAGAGUUACACCCUUAGAUGUCACAGGAGGUAAGAUCUUUUCUCUUGGUAAACUGUAGUAAAAGUGAUGCGUGCAAAAUGGGAACUUAUAGUAGCAUCUCAUUACAAGUUUAUAACUGUCAUCUUGGGAUGGAAUUAUGGUAAAGUUUAUGGAAGUUGCCACUCAAAAACUGAAUUUGUUUAAAUACGUUACAUUCAACAACAGAGAUAAAGUGAAUGCAAUUUGUCCCUUAAAAUCCAAGGGGGCGUUUGGUUCACACAGGGUAAAGGGAACCGAAGAAAGGGAAGGAAUAGAAAUGAAACCCUUUGAUAUAAAAUAUUGUAUGGGUAACCUAUCUCUAAGAUCUCACCUCUCUCACUAAGUCUCACUCCAGCGACAAAUCUGAAAUUUGACUACCUAAACAACCAAAAUCCGCCGGGAAAACAGUAAA